AAGCCAAAUGUAAGGAGAAAAAAGAGAACAAAAAGAGGAACGGUUUCGUCUUCUUCACCACUCUUUCAGUGCUUUAACUCCCAUUUUCAAGUUUUCUGCAAAGCCAAAAACCUCUCAAAUUUCCUUUUUCAAGAAUCUCACCAUUUUCCCAUUUGCAAAAUUCUCUAAAAAUUCAUCUCUCCAAUAGGAUAAACCCUAAUUCAACUCUCUAUUUUCACAGUGUUUGUACGCAAAUAUAGCAAAAAUCAAGCACAUAUACAUACGGAAAUGAUCCAUGGUUAUGGUCAUGAUGCAUCAGCAUCAGCAUCAUCACUCCACUGCUCCCUCAACUCACCCAAUCAAUCCUCCUCCACCUUCUUCAGCUUCCGUUCUUAGAUCCCCCAACACAUCUACUUCAAAUACCCAGCAAUUUCCUUCAAUUGGAUCGCCUUCUGUGGAACAUGGGUUGCCGUUAGCACGGGUUAAGCUCUCCGAUAUUGUACCUUAUGAUGGAGCUCCGGUUGGACCUUAUUUGCGGGCUGUGGAAGCACUUUCAGGAUCACUUAUGCGGCAUAACGCUGCGGUGAUUGAGCUCGGUGGUGAAGGUACUGCGGUGUUACGGUGUGGGUUGGAGUCGGUUAGGUACUUUUUUAAGACGAGGGCGGUUGCUCAGAAUGGUGGCGGUGGCGCUGCUUUGGGCAAGAGUGGUCGUGGGGUUUAUAUAUACAGAGCUGGAAGGCCUUUGGAAGACAUGGACUCUUCUCCCCCAUGCAUGACUGAAGUUUUCCGCUGCAUGGGAAGGGCAGCUCGUGCUGCUUUAUGUGCAAUUGCAAGGCAUCUUCGAUUGCGAAGCGAUGUCUUCAAUCACUUGCUUGAUGAUAAUCCACUGCCCGUUAAUGAGGCCUCUUCAUCUGUUGUUGUUGCAACCUUCUCCAAUACCACCUCUCAAAAUGGGAAAGGAGCUAUUGGAGGAGGGAAGCUAGUUACAAAUGGUGAAGUAGAGAAGGGGCUGUUGACACUAGUUUCAUCUGAUGCUCCUGGUCUUCAGGUUUGUGAUCCCAAUGGUCGUUGGUAUCUAGCAGAUAGUGGCUUGACUCCUGGGGAUUUACUAUUGCUUACUGGGAAAGCUCUCAGCCAUGCUACUGCCGGUCUUCGUCCUGCAGCCGUAUACCGGGGUUCAGCUGAUAAUUAUGUGGGCACUACUUGUGGUGGAAGGACAUCACUUGCAUUUAGGCUUAUACCUCAGAGCAAUGCAAUACUGGAUUGUUCUCCGAUUACAGCUGCUGGUCAUGUUAUUCCUCAUAGCUACGUGCCAAUAUCUGUAAGCCAGUUUAUGGAUGACCUUUCAGCCGAGGAAGACAUGCUUUGUAGCAAUACUGAUAAUGCUUAUGUCUCCCGAGACAAUCUAAAUAAGGAACCAUCACUCAGAAGUGUUCUUUCAGAUCCCUUAUCUGGCACAUUCCUUGAAGAUGCUAUGUUUGUUUCAUGCGGACAUUCCUUUGGUGGUCUCAUGCUGAAAAGGGUUAUUGAUAUGGCAAGAUGUACCCUCUGCAAUGCUGAAAUUGAGCGUGGUUCCUUAAUUCCUAACCACGUGCUGAGAACUGCGGCUGCAGCAGUGAAGCAUGAGGAUGACCGAAGACUUUUCCACAAUGCAGCUCUUAGAAAGCGUCGAAAAGAAGUGGGAGACAUUAGGGAAAAUGGUGAGCUUCCUUCUGAAAAUGGACCCCAUAAAGGUGUUCAGUAUCCAUUCUCAGUGAAUGAGAAAGUUCUUAUUAGGGGAAAUCGGAGGACACCAGAUAAAUUUGUUGGAAAGGAAGCUGUAAUCACAUCACAGUGUCUUAAUGGCUGGUAUUUACUCAAGAUUAUGGACAGUGGUGAGAAUGUUCGAUUGCAGUACCGCUCUCUGCGUAAGUUCCUUCCUACACAGGAAACAGAGGAGAGAUGCCAGUCACAGACAGUUCAGAACAGUAGCUGAUUCUGAUUAGAUGAUUUACAACCAAUUUCCAUGUGGAUUAUGUUGUAGGACCUAGCUCCCUCUAUACUCAAGUUUGAAGAUGUAACUUCUUUUCUUGCAACGUAACGUCUAUUACAUGUUUGUACUGAGAGGAGGAUGGUUCAGAGUCUAUCAAAAUCCUUAAGAGUUGCUUGUAUAAGAUUGUAAAGAAACACCACUCCCUAGUGAGAUAACUUUGAUGAGAACAAGAUGCUCAUUUUUCUUGAAAAUUCCCUGUAUGAUGCAUCAGCUGUACUUUUCA